AUAGUCUCUUUUCAAGCUUUAUAAAUGACAGCUCUAUUUCCUCCUAUGCAUUUCACUAACCACAGUUGACACAAAGAUGACUCUGCUAUCGUCAAAUCUUUCCUUUUUGUCAUCUUCCUAUUGGGUGUAAUGUAGGAGGAAGAUAAAUCACAUGAUGCAAAGCACUAAUACCCUUUAAUUAGUCUCCAGUUAUUUACUUUGGGUCUUCUUUACAGUUGAGAGGCCAACUCAACCUACUGCCAAGCAAGACCUGACGGGCACAAGGGAAGGUGCAAUCAUGAAGAGCUUCUUCCUAGUCGUGACUAUCCUGGCAUUAACUCUGCCUUUUUUGGGUGCAGAGGUGCAAAACCAGGAACAACCAACAUGCUGUGAGAAGGUAGAAAGAUUGCUCAAUGAAAAAACAGUCAAAUAUUUCCCAAUUCAGUUUGUGCAGAGUAGAUAUCCUAGUUAUGGAAUCAAUUACUACCAACACAGACUAGCUGUACCAAUUAAUAACCAAUUUAUUCCUUAUCCAAAUUAUGCAAAGCCAGUUGCAAUUAGACUACAUGCUCAAAUUCCUCAGUGCCAAGCCCUGCCAAAUAUCGACCCACCUACUGUGGAACGUCGGCCACGUCCACGUCCAUCAUUUAUUGCCAUUCCCCCAAAGAAAACCCAGGAUAAAACAGUCAUCCCCGCCAUCAAUACUGUUGCUACUGCUGAACCUCCAGUCAUACCUACCGCUGAACCAGUAGUGAACACUGUAGUUAUUGCAGAAGCUUCCUCAGAAUUCAUCACCACAAGUACACCCGAGACCACCACAGUCCAAAUUACUUCAACUGAGAUCUAAAAACUAAGGAAACAUCAAAGAAGACAACACAGGUCUUGCUGAAACCAAACGACCAGUUCAAACUCUUCUUUGGCCAGCUGUCUGCCUUCAGUCAAGAGAGAAUAUGAUUUUCACAGAUUCAGCUCCUUUCUCUUCUCCCCUUACAUUUUACAUUCAUGCCACAUUUAAUUUUUUGAUCUUGCAUAAUAAAGCUAAUUGAAUGCAACUGGAUCUCUUGAAAACAGUCUGUGAAUACACCUU